AAAGUGUCCUGCGCGUUGACAGUCCGUUGAGAGCGAAGCUAGCAAAAAGUAAAAGUGAAAAUCAGGCCCUUGAAAUUUGUUCAUCAAUUAUGCAUUGAUUCUGGCAGACGCUAACACAAAACACAAACGGAAACGCAACAUUUAACGGAAACAGUGUUCGCCAAACGGAAGUGAUUUUCAAAUUAAUACCGUUACCGUGAGCUGGCUGAAAAGUGCGAGAUAUAAAUACAUACAUAGUGUAUAUAUCUCAUUUUUUCACUCGCCAGGGUCUGAUGUGUUGUAAUCCAUAAUUGCAAAGACCCACAAACACACACAAAAAGAUAGAUAUAUAGAAUCGCACUCACAUUGACGGUAUACACACACCCCCGCUUUUUGCCCUUGGCACCGAGAAGCGUUCGAUUUUUCACAACAAGACGUGAAAACCUGAAACGGUCUGAAAGCCUGAGAAAAGCUGAGAAAAAAAAAUACUGUUAAGCUGAGAAAACUGAAACCUUAAGAGCCAUCAACAUGGACAUGCUCAACCAGAUACUCAGCAUCAACAAUGGUGGCGCCUACGGGGGCGGGAAGGCGGGCGGCGCCUUUGAUCCCCUCACAUUCGCCAUGAAGCCCCAAGUGGUCAUCCGGGCCCUUUGCUGGCUCUUUUCAGUAGUGGUCUUCGGCUGCAUAUCCUCGGAAGGAUGGGCGGAGAAGGAGGGCAAGGAAUACUGCCUUUACAAUGGGGACGGAAUGGCCUGCAAGUAUGGCAAUAUGGUUGGCGUCUUCGGGUUCCUGGCCUCCAUGGGCUUCAUGGGCGGUGAGUUCCUCUUCGAGCGGAUGUCGUCGGUGAAGAGCAGAAAGCGUUACGUCAUGGCUGAUAUGGCCUUCUCGGCCUUCUGGGCCUUCAUGUACUUUGUGGCGUUCUUCUACUUGUGGUCGCAGUGGAGCUCGGCGCCCCCACCACCGCUGGGAAUCGGAGGUGGCAGCAUGAAGACAGCCAUUUGGUUCUGCCUGUUCUCGAUAGUCUCCUGGGGUCUCUGUGCCCUGAUGGCCUAUAAGCGCUUCCUGAUCGGAGCUGGUGACGAGUUCACCUCGGCCUUUGAGACAGAUCCGGCCAAUGUGGUCCAUCAACAGGCCUACGGAUAUUCCAUGGACAAUGACAAUGAUCAGUACAGCGCCUCCCCCUUUGGCCAGCCACAGCAGGGAAUGGAACAGCAGCAGUCUGGAAUGGAGUACCAGCAGCCCACCUAUUAAGGAUUCUACACAACCUGCUCCUCCGUUGUCCGCACACACACUCACCUCGAUUUUGUAGUGCAAAUGGCAAAUUGAAACAAUUGUUUGUUUUACACGACUAAACAGCAACACAACAGAAUACACCGAUGUCGUACAUAUAACAAAAGUAACAGAAACAAUAACAAAAAUAUUGAUACAAAACCGAAACCAGCAAGCAAUGAAACAGAAGCAGCAGCAGCAUCGGAUAUAAUUCCAAGCUUUAGCUACAAAAAAGCGAAACUCAGUUAGAAGGAUAUAUAAGGAUAUAAAUGUAUUUGUCGGAGAAAGUAUGAAUAACUCUUAAGCUAGCCCUUUAAGUUGAGUGUGCAGUUUUUUGUAGUGGAAUUUGUUGCAAUAUAUAUUAUACAGAUAUACAACUAGUUAUAUAUAAAUAUAUCCUAUAUUACGAGUAUAUGUAUACAUGCAUAGCUAACCCAUUCGAAAUAUGCUUUCAACGUUGUUAGUUAUUUAGUGUUAAUGUGUACGUGAUUGUAUGAUUUAUUGGAUUCAAUGCCAGGCCCUGGUCCCCCGAUCAGCUUCUUAACGCGAUACUCGAAUAUUACGAAUGGCAAUAGUUUGCAAUUGAGGGAAACAUACGGUUUUUUUAGAUAAAUUUACACACACGUGCAAUGCAAAUAGUUGGAGGCCCAGACAUCAGAUUGAGACGAUUACACUGCUCAAUGACAACAUAUCCAAUAACCAAUAUCCGUUUGGAAACCUACCCACAAAUUCAAAACUGGCGGCCAGGGUCGGAGGAAGGCUUCGUUAACACAGAACAGCAACCGCAACAAUAAAACGCCAAAAUUUUGUAAAUUCUAAGCAGUAAGGAACUCCAAGUCGUUGAAUUUGUUGUGAAUAUAAAACUAAAAAAAAAUUUAAACCUAAAACACAGUAUUGCAAAUUAGAUUGCUGCCGGAAUUUAACUGGUUUAUCGCUGUUCAGGCUUGUUGUUGACCCUCCCAACCAAAGAUUUGUAUAGUAUAUAUAUAUAAAUACCUAAAAAAAUGAAACAAAUAAAUAAAUUCUAUAUGUACAAUACCCAUUAUGCAUUGUGCGAAGGGGCAGUCGCCUCCUGGCAACAGAUUCAAGUGUUCUCCAGCGGCGAUUGCUCCUUGUUGGAAAUACUCAAAUAUCAAUGAAUGUAAACAUAUUGAUUACAUAAAUGUUCACUUAGUGCAGCAAGUUGCGAUAACCUACAGAUGUAUUUGUUAAAAUAAAUACUAUAUAUAUAUAUAUACUUAUAUAUUAUAUAUAUUUACGGAUUGUAUAUGAGAUAGGGCUCUCAGUUAAUAUACAGAAAUAUAAAUUAAUCGUGUAGAAUUCGUGUGCGUUGAAAAAUUUAGAAAAGAUAAAACAAAACCAAAUGUACUCAUUUCAAGAAAAAAUUAAAUUAACACUAACACGAACCGCCAGUGGAAUACAAAAUAGCGAACCCAGCCGACAAUAGGCUAAAGCAUUUGCAACACACUAUUGUAAUAGAAAAGAUCCUCAAACAAGGUCCUAAACUGGAAACCCCAAAAAUAAACAUAAAUACAUAUUUUUUAAAACCAA